AUGACGUUCAUGGCGCGGCACCGCCCCGCCCAAGCGCAGGACUCGAUGGAGAAGGAGCUGAGCGCGUCCAGCGGCCUCACGCUGGGCGAGUCGCCGCAGCACGCGGCCAGUCCGCGGCGCAGCAUCUUCCGGCGCCGCAAGGGCUCGGCCGACAGCUGCGCCUCGAGGCUAUCGCUCUCGCUCACGCCCGACGACCGGCGGCCCACCAAGCACCUGCCAGUACACGACAAAGGCAAAGGCUGCUCCAGUAGCACCAGCAGCAGCAGCACUAGCGGCGCGCGCCGGCCGCUGGCGCUGCCGCACACCAUCACCGAACGACACGGCGGCCAGGAGCUCUGGGUCAAGGCGCCCGUGGUCUCCGGCUCGCUCGAGAAGCGCGGCUUCCGCUGGCGCAGGAAGUGGAAGCUGCGCUUCGUGGAGCUUGACGGCCGGCAGCUCGCGUACUACGAGGACUCGGGCGCGUUCAGCGCCACCACAGCCUCGGCCAGCGGCGUCAAGCGCAACUGCAAGCCCAAGCGCAAGGCCAUGCUCACAGCCGACGCCCAGCUGGAGGACGUGGACGACACGACGCUGAGCAUCACGCCCGCGCUGGACGAGAAGCCGUGGCUGCUGCGCGCGCGCGACGCCGCCACCAAGCAGCGCUGGCUCGUGGCGCUCUCGGACUGCAUCGACAUCUUGGUCUGGCUACGUCACUACAAGCUCGGUGCUGUGCUGGGCGUCGGCGGCAACGGCGUCGUGCAGAGACUCGAGGACGAGCGUGACGGGACCGUGUACGCCGUCAAAGUGCUGGACGUGGCCAAGUUCCGGCACCGCGAGCAGGUCGUGGCCGAGGUCGAGAUCCUGCGCAACAUCACCAACAACAUCAAGCACCCGAACCUCAUCAAGAUCCACAAGGUCUACGAGGAGCACCAGAAGGUCUACAUCAUCCAGGAAAUGUGCACGGGCGGAGAGCUCUACGACCGCGUGGUGCAGCGCGGCAAGUACUCGGAGAGGGACGCGGCCAGCAUCAUGCAGCAGCUCGUGUCGGCGCUACAGGCGCUGCACGCGCACAAUAUUCUGCAUCUGGACAUCAAGCCCGAGAACAUUUUGUUCUCGUCCAAGGACCCGGACUCCAAGAUCCUGCUCACGGACUUUGGGCUCGCGCGGAUGAUCAACGGCAAGCAGAACCCUCUGGAGCAGGGCAAGUCCAUGGCCGGCACCAUUGGGUACAUGGCCCCAGAAGUUAUCUCCUCGCACGUGUACAGCGAAGCCGCCGAUGUCUUCAGCGCCGGCGUCAUCCUGUUCAUUUUACUGGUGGGGUACCCUCCAUUCUACGGUGAUUCGGAGGUGGAGAUCCUGCUGAAGAUUGCUCGCGGAGACUUCACGUUCGACCCGCAGGACUGGGCGCACGUUUCAGGGUCGGCCAAGGAGCUGGUAGCGCGCAUGCUGGAAGUGCGCGCGCAGGAUCGCAUCACGGUGGACGAGGUGCUGGCACACUCGUGGAUCACGCGAGAAGGCCCCAACAGGGAUAGCGACAGCUCGGUCCGAGACCUGAGCGCCAGCAUGAUGACCAAGCUGCAGCACUUCAACAUUGACCGGAAAUCUCAGAGCAUGGGCUCGUUCUUGGCGUCUAUGCUGGUUGACGACAACGAGGCUGACUUCCAGGCUCUCGUGGAUGAGGAGACCGUCGAGAUGAUGAUCCGUCAGAUGUGCGUCGAUGGCCACAACCGCAUCCCGCUACGCGGUGCGCACGUGAUCGCGAAGGGCCUUGGCCUCUCGCCCUACAUCGACGAGAAAUCGUUCGUGCAGUUCCUGGACCAGAACCGCGAUGGCUUCAUCGACGCGAGCGACUUCUGCGCGGGCGUAAGAGCACUGCGCAACCGCCACCAGUCGUUCGCUACGAUGGUGUUCUCGGCGCUGCUGAGGAUGAACUCGCCUGAAGAGAAGGGCGAUUCGUCCGAUGAGGAAGUCCCCGAGUCUGCAGUGCUUACCCGCGAGCACUUUGCUGUGGCGUUCAAGAAGCUGGAAUGCCCAGAGCCGCUAGUGGACGUCUUUUUCAAGUUCGUGGACGAAGAGGAGGAGAAGCUGAACGCCACAGAAACUGGAGAAAAUUCGUCCGCCUCGUCGUCCUCGUCGUGGUCGGUGAACGAAGCCGAGUUCAUGACACUAUUUACACAGUUCUCUUUCCUGGGCAUGCUGUUCCUGCGCACGGUAAAGGACAACGUGGUCUCCAUGGUCAAGUCGCACAGCGUUGAUGGCAUGCCGCGUAUCUCCGAGGACUCGUUUUCCUCGCCGUAG